UCCCCCUCCCCACCCCCACCCCCGAGACCCAUAUUCUCUUCGCUGUGCAUUCUGGGAACUCAUACAGAAGUUUCAAGAUGGCGGCGAGCAGGAGGCUGGCCAAGGAACUUGAUGAGAUUCGCAAAUCUGGAAUGAAAAAUUUCAGAAACAUUCAAGUCGAGGAAUCAAACCUGUUGUCAUGGCAAGGGCUCAUUGUACCUGACAACCCUCCCUAUGACAAAGGCGCAUUCAGGAUCGAGAUCAUUUUUCCCACCGAGUACCCUUUUAAGCCUCCUAAGAUCACGUUCAAAACAAAGAUCUAUCAUCCCAAUAUUGAUGAGAAGGGCCAAGUGUGUUUGCCUGUUAUCAGUGCAGAGAACUGGAAGCCAGCCACCAAAACUGACCAAGUUAUUCAGUCUCUCAUUGCACUGGUGAACGACCCCCAGCCAGAGCAUCCAUUGAGGGCAGACCUAGCAGAAGAAUACUCAAAGGACCGUAAAAAAUUCUUGAAGAACGCCGAAGAGUUUACAAAGAAACAUGGCGAAAAGCGGCCAAUGGACUGAUCACUUGCUGAGCGUUUAGCCCUCUCUUUCUCCCCCUUACCUCUUAUCUGCCCAACCAAAUCUUUCUUCCCACCUGCCCUUUCUAAAUGCCCACCAUCUUUUACCCUCUUUACCAUUCACGUUCCCCCCUGUUGCGCCCCACACUGCCUCCAUCUUGCACCCCAGGAGCGGCCCAGCUGAAGCAGGCAGUGGCAGCCUCUGCCUCCCUUCCCAUCUGCUCUGUGGAUCAGACCGCUUCCUAUCCCUCCUCCCAGCAAUAGAUUUCCAUACCUUCACUAACUUUCUACUCUUAAAUAAGUCAAAAUGAAAAAAAAAUAGGCUAAGACAUGGAGAGUUGAAUAGGAAUACUCAAGAGUAAUGUGUUUUACUGUUUGCUUUUCUUCAAAUAUAAAGGAUUGUUAAAUAGAUCUCACAUAGAUUUUUUUUUCAGAGAUUUAAAACUGGUUUAUGACUGAUUCUCUUAGCCACGUUAGCAGUAACACAUCAAGGGAAAGAGAAAAUCGUAGAUGUUUUGUUUGUUUUUGCAGACUGCAGUUCCCAUACUGACUUCCACUGCUUCUAGACUUGCACUGUAUUCUGUGGAAUAAUCCUACAUUUUCCCUUGCCCAGAUUGUAACCCUCUGAGCAGAGGCAAACUAUCGCUAUCCCACAUGUAAAUUGAAUUCUUAUAGAAGUUCUGUAUUUGUCACAAAAAAAUCUCCCAAUUCUCAGCAAGCUCCUUUAAAGAACACGUUUCACGUAUUUUCAUGGGUUUGAUUAGUUGUACAAAAACACUUGUUCCCUAUGUACGUUUUUUUUUUCCUGACAAAUGCCUUGUAAUGUUCUUUUAAUUACCAAAAUAAUUUGGAUUGGCACUUUGAUAUAAAAUUGUCAAAGUAGGUAAUUUGUACUGUCCAUGUCUUUUUCCCCCACUGCUAGUCAUUGCAGUGUCACCAUCUUCCUUUAACACAUGCCGGCAACCACUUUCUGGCAGUAGAUCCACUGCCAGCUUCCUGUGCUGAAAAGACCUCAUGGUCAACAGUGGGCGAGUUGGGGGGCGGGUCACAAAACCUAGAGGCGGAUUCACUCACCCGGAGCGCAGUUCAGCUCAGACAGCCUCUUGAGGCGAGCUGGGAGAAGGGCUAGCGGUUAAAAGGGUAUGUCAGGGCACAGAAAGGGGACUGGGUGGCCAAAAAGCAACGUGUAACAGCUGUUUGAUCCAGUCUCAGUUCUUGUUUCGUAAUAAAGAUGGCUAACCAUUUUGCC